AAAGUGGAGCGUGUGUUUGAGUCACUGUUAGAGUCAAAUAAAAGACAUUCACCCACUUGUGUAGUAGUAAAAAAAAGGCAAAGUUGGGUGUGAACGGAGCGUGUUGGAGAUGUUUUGUCACCUCUGAGUUUAAAUGUGCCGCAUGUCAAAGCGCUUUCUCUCCUAAGUCAGGAUAAAAUAGCUCAGACUCCUCUGUUUUUCUGCUUACUUUUCUUUUCCUUUUUUUUUUUAAAACUGGAAGUCUGGGUUAAGCUUAUGACUUUUGACACAGUCCGCGAGCGACGCUGCAAAUGGGCGGCAUAGGUGGCAGCCUCUACCUCAGCAUGUUGAAUGGGACUGAAGCGCAAACUCUCGGAAAAAGCCUCGACAUCAGCACCCACCUCCACCGCGGCGGCAAGGAUCUAGCCGAUUUGAAGAUGGGCAUCCAGGACGCCCGAUUCUACUAUUCGGACUCUGUUCAGAGCGGCCAGGACCCUCUGACCCUGCCCUACCACCCGGAGCAGACUGUGGGGGGGUACGGGACUCAGCCCGGCAGGUUUUACGCGCAGACCUUGAGCGGAUGUCCCUACGGCGGCAUGCGCUCUCCGCCGAGGAGCGGCACCGUGCAGGGAUACGUCCCCGCGGCGGGAGAGGGGUUCCCCGCUGGAGGUAAAGAGCCAGUGUACCCCUCCUCUGCAGAAAACUACCCAGCGAGCUUCCAGCACGGCUACCAGCGGCCUCUCUACCCUUUACCUGGGCUGCAGGUGUGCGGGAAGACCCAGGUCCUGCUCAAUAACUACCCGCUGUGGGCCAAGUUUCACAAGUUCCAGACCGAGAUGAUAAUCACCAAACAGGGCAGGAGGAUGUUCCCCUUCCUGAGCUUCAACAUCAGUGUUCUGGAUCCAUCGGCCCACUAUAAUGUCUAUGUUGACGUGGUUCUGGCCGAUCAGCACCACUGGAGGUACCAGGGAGGAAAAUGGGUCCAAUGUGGGAAAGCAGAGGGUAACAUGCCAGGGAACAGGAUGUACAUGCAUCCCGACUCUCCUAACUCAGGGGCUCAUUGGAUGAGACAAGAAGUGUCGUUCAGCAAACUCAAGCUCACCAACAACAAAGGCAGCAACAACAAUGUGGCACAGAUGAUUGUGCUUCAGUCGUUACACAAGUACCAACCGCGUCUUCACAUUGUGGAGGUGAAGGAGGAUGGCUCAGAGGAUCCCUUCCUGUCCUCAAAAGCUCAGACGUUUGUCUUUUCAGAGACGCAGUUCAUCGCUGUCACUGCGUAUCAGAAUGCAGACAUCACUCAGCUGAAAAUAGACCAUAACCCCUUCGCUAAAGGUUUCCGAGACAAUUACGACACGCUCUACGCUCCUCCCGACUCUGAUCGCCUCACUCCUUCCCCUACAGAAGGCCAGCAGUUGCUACCAGGGACCUGCUACACUCAGGGUUACCUCUCUGAACAGUACAUUAGCCCCCUGCAACAGAGCCGCUUCUAUGGUCGUGAACCCAUCUCCAUGGGCCAGCAGCACAAGGAUCCAUCCUCUAGCCCUGGACCUCACAGUCGCUGGUAUCUCCCCCCACAGCAGAGUGUGCCUCCAAACCGGCUUGACUUCACUUCCUCCUACGAGGGAGACUUUUCUGGAAAUGGUUUCUACAAGCCAUUUCCCCUUCAGACGUCUGCUCACCAUGCGUUCAGCUACUACCCAGAGCAUCCUUUUGCAUCAAGCAGCGUGUCCGUAUCAGCCGGUUCAGCUGGAUGGAGCACAAGCAGGCCCACCCCACAGUAUCCCAGCAAACCCACCCCCAGUCUGAGCUGGUUAAGACCCAUUUCAUCAUCCUCUUCCUCCUCAUCAUCUUCCACACCCCCUGGCACCAGGCUGCACCCCCACUCCCUCCUGGAACCCCUGCAGCCACCUCUGCUGCAGGAAAAGCCAAAAGACUCUGCAGGAGCUGCAGCGGAGGACCCCUGGCUCGAGCCACCCUCCACCAAAUCAGCAGACUCGGCCGAUUCGGGCCUGUAUGAGGGGAACAAGAAGAGGAGGGUGUCUCGCUACACGUCCAGCACUGAAAACUCCCCACCUCCAUGUGCCGGGGAGGUCUGUGAAAAAGACAACAGCAGCGAUCCAGACUACUAUGGUUAUUACACCCACUGAGGGCAUGACAUUCUGUUGCAAACAUUUCCAAACGCCCUCUCACAGCGCCCUGAGUAUGCAGAGGCUGUUAGGGCAUGAUGAAGAGCUAAAACAGUCCAACCAGAACAACAUGACGUAAACCCUCACAGUGAAGACUUCCACACCACAAAGUUUCAUCUCACAAGUGUCAAAUGAUCACAGGAGAAACUCCGAAGUACAGUGACAAAGCGAAUAAAGGUGGAUGUGACUGGAACUCUGGCCUAAAGUCACAUAAACACCAAACAGAUGUA